GGGGCAGGCAGAAGCAUGAAGGGCUGGUCCUGGUCUGUCAUGUCUAUAAGAGCAGAGCACUGGCCUUCACAUGAGCAUACAUCUCUGAGGGACAUACAGGUUGUUUCAUAUAGGCAAAGGAAGACAUCCGGACUUGCCUGAAAGAUGGGUUGGCAGAAGGACAUGCUGGAUAAGCUUUCACUCACUUUCCAGGUCCGCAACAAGCUACUGCGGCAAGGACUUGCUGAAUGCUUGGGAACUCUCAUCCUGGUGAUGUUUGGCUGUGGUGCGGUGGCCCAGAUGGUACUAAGUGGAGAAUCUCAUGGUCGCUUUCUCUCUGUAAACCUUGCUUUUGGGUUUGCUGCUACCCUUGGAAUCUUGGUUUGUGGCCAGGUGUCAGGCGGACAUUUAAAUCCGGCAGUUACGUUUGCUCUCUGCCUCUUGGGAAGAGAAAAAUGGAGAAAGUUCCCUGUGUACUUCCUGUUUCAAACACUUGGAGCCUUCUUGGGCGCCGCAAUUAUCUUUGCUGAAUACCAUGAUGCAAUGUACGAUUUUGCUGGAGAAAAAAAUGAGUUGCUUGUAACUGGGCAAAAUGCCACCGCUGGUAUUUUUGCUACUUACCCAGCCCCACAUCUCACCAUCUUGAAUGGAUUUUUUGACCAGGUGAUAGGCACAGCAUCUCUGAUUGUCUGCAUCCUGGCCAUUGUGGACCCUUUCAACAAUCCAAUCCCUCAAGGUCUUGAGGCCUUCACAGUGGGAUUCAGUGUCCUCAUCAUUGGACUCUCAAUGGGCUUCAAUUCUGGUUAUGCAGUCAACCCAGCUAGAGAUUUCGGGCCUCGUCUUUUCACCGCCAUGGCUGGUUGGGGUAGUGAAGUCUUCACCACCCGCCAGUGUUGGUUUUUGGUGCCUUUCUUUGCCCCAUUCCUUGGGUCCAUUAUUGGUGUGAUUGUGUACCAGCUGAUGGUGGGAUGGCAUGUGGAGGGAGAAGUACGGGACAAGAAGAAUAAAACUACCGAAGAGUCUUUGAAACUUAAUGACGUCACCAGCAAGGAAUGAACUGCAUGAUCUCCAUCAAAUCCGCAGAAACUUUCAGCUUAUGAGUCUCUGAGUUCAACAAAUAUGUCUUGUUCCACACAAGACUCCCUCUUCUCUUUCAGAGAGGAUUCUGGUAGCCUUGCAGACCGUCAGAUGGACUUUAAAUAGAAUGCUGCAAAUUUCAUGAUUACAAUGUUUUCUUAAUUGUUCAAUCAGUUUUUGUUAUUUUCUUUAGCAUGAUUCUUGUUUUGUUUUUCUUCACACAUCCUCCAGAUUCCUCCAUUAAGGGAAAAAGGUGUUUCUUCAGCAACACGAAUUAUAUUAAUUCACUGUUUUUAAAGAUAGUAAAAAUGUAGUGUAGCACCUAUCUAUAUUUACAGUAUUUCACACUUUUGUACUACUAUUAUCCAAAAACGUUGCCAUUCCUGUUGAGAAAAGUGAGCAGUUCUAUCAAAAAAUAGCUACAGAAAUUCAUUUUUUGUGUGUGUGUGUGUGUAAAUAUUCUGUAUUGUCAUCUUCAUUCAAAGCAGUUUUUUCUGUUACAUAGUAGGAAUUACAACUUAACGUACAAAUUUAACAGUCAGUAGUGUAGUGACCCUGCAAUUGUACAGCUUUACAGUCUUUAGACUAGUGUCCUUUCGCCCUCUCAUGUAUCUGUUAAUGUCAUAACCAUUUUAAUUUAGUGAUUGAAUGUUUUGAAGCAAUGGACUGUUAUCUUAAUAAAGUUUUUUGUUUUGGUUUG